GAUAAGUCCUGCUCCUGAAGCUUUGAGUGACCCCUACUGGUCACUGAUAUUCCUACGAACAGGCCUUCCCCUUUUACGUUUAUUUAUUUAUUUAUUUAGUUUUGUUUUACCUCCAGUUAAAAAUGCUGACACACAUCUGCUCCUCCUCAAAAGAGCCUUGGGAACAUUUGACUGAUACUUCUGUAGUAACACCUGAAGUGACUCAGGGUUAUACCAAGAGCACAGGUAAUUCCUGUUCCCAUCAGACUUCCCUGCAGACAUUUUUUCAGAGCAUUACUGAUUACUCAGCUGUCACGGUGAAGAGGUGAGCAGGUUCAGCAAGUGUUUCUGAAAAUCACUCGCCUAACCUGUGUUGGAGAAAAGAACUUGUCCCUUCAGGGGGGGGGGCGGGAUUGUAAUAGGGCAGACAGGUGGAUUAUUAUUAGUAAUGAUCAGCAGUAAAAUAAAUUAUCGGUUAGAAAUUUUUGAGAAGCUAUUUUUAGGACCAAAACUAAUAUUUCAUUCUAAAACUAGAAACGUUUGAUUUAAUAGAUCAUAAACCAGAUAAAAGGAAUGAUGACACUCAUGACUCAUGAACACAGUCAUGUCAGUGAGAGUGAUUCUCUGCAGCAGCUGGGUUUUUACGUCAGGAGAGUGAGGAAACUCUCAAUUAUGCAUUUUCAUUUUCUUUUCCAACAGCAUGAAUGAGGAGUUCCUUUAAUUGCAUCACACUUCCUUCUCCAGUAAACAAAGGUGUGCACGCCCGCAACAUCCUCCGCUUGUGUGAGUCGGCGUAUGAUGGCAAAAUCCCCCUCAGUCUACUAUAAGAGGAGGGAGAGGAUGGAGACUCAGAGACACAAACUCACCUGGACUCAUCCUCUCAGGAAACACUCAGCUCCACCUCCAGGUAACCAUCGUGAUGAAGAUACAUCUCAGCUCUUCCCUCUGUACCUUGCUGCUGCUGGGUUUUCUCAACAGGCCAGUGGAGAGCCAGACCCUGCAUGUAGAUGGAUGCUCUGCCAGCGUUCACUUCCAUGAACUACGCAAAUACUUCUCUGACAUAAAAUCAGAUGCGAUAUCAGGAGAUGAUGAGAUUGGAGUGAAGCUUCUGGAUACAUCUAUGAUCAAAAAUGUCCAGGAGGGUCAGACGUGCUGUUUUCUGCGUCUCCUGCUGCGCUUCUAUGUUGAAAGAGUGUUCAACAACUACGAGUCUUCUCAACCGCAUCAGCAGCGCUGCUCCAGCGCCCUGGCAAAUGCCUUUGUCAGCAUCAGAAGAGAAAUGCAUAAAUGUCACUGCAACUGUGGGGAAGAAACACAGAGAACAAUUGACUCAGUGCUCACCAAGUUUGACAUGCUACAGAUCAGACAGGGGGCGCAGAAGGCCGUGGGAGAACUGGACAUAGUGCUGGACCUACUGGAGCGUCUUGCACCUACAUCAUAAACACGAAGUUGACCCAAACCUGUAGCUACUAGUUCAUUUACCUUUGAGCCAUUUUGCAUUUCUCUGUUUGUACUUGAAUUAACUUAAAGCUCUAUAUAUUUUUAUUCUCUGGAUUGGACUAUUUUUGGUGAAAUGUUUAAAAUGGAUGUUUAUUUUUGUCAGAAGGGUUACUGUAAGUUGAGAUAAGCUUAAUUUUGAACUUGUAAAAGUAUUUUUCUAUAAAAA